GCCGCGAGGAACGCUGACCCGCGCGAGGGCCCGCACGUCGCCGGCCGCGGAGCCGGGGUGGCGGACCCGUCGCCGGCUGAAUCCUGCCCCAGAGUUCUGGUCUGGGGGUCGCGCCCUUUCUGGCGGCCCUCGUGUCCCCGGCGCGGCGUGCGUCCCGGCCUUGGGCGCGGGCACCUGCGGGCCCCCCGUCGCUGUACCGAGGCGUCCGUCGGGGCAGGGAGUCUGUGAGCUCGGCCUGCCCGGCGGGGAAGGGCGGCGGAGCCUGGGCCUCCGGCCCUGGACUCGGAACCGCCGCUGCAGUCGUCCCGGCGCUCGGUGGAGUUGCGGAAGCAGCCCACAGGGUUUGUACCCAAACUCCACAGGACUGUUAAAUGUAGCAUCAUCCCACACCAGGGUCUUUCAUAAGACUGGUUUGUAAAACACGGGUGCAGGUUUCGUCUGGAGGAAGCCGGGGGAUGGUAAAAAAAAUGCAAACCAUCAGGCGUGUCUCAGGUGAAGGAAAAAACGAACUGCAAGGAGAAGAAAUCGAAUGAGAGAAAGUGCUUGGGGGGUGGUGGACGCUUGAUUGACUCACAGGCCGCCCUGGAGAUUAUGGCCCAUGGUCAGUUCCUGCUGGCACUCUAGACUGUCCCUACGGGAAAUGAGAAGAAGAGCCCUCCCCGGGUCAUUUUCACCUGGUUAAUGUGAGGGGCUUACUUCCGGCAGCAUGACUGGAUGUUAAAACGAGCUGGUUAUCCGAAGAGGGGAAGGCACCGCCGUCAGCUCUGCCCUUCCAGUGUGGUCUCAACGGCCUUGGACAGUGAGCCGCCCUGGGGACCGGCGGACUAGAGAUCCAGCUGGGGGACCUUGGCUGCCACCCAAGCCUUGCACUGCCGGCCUCAGGGUCGGCCAGCGGAGCUGGCAUCAGUGACCGAAGUGCCAGGGCAGAGGACGACUGUCAGGGACGUGGGGCUGUGCCAUGCCCGCCACCUGAGCAGGGAUGCCCACCGCCUGAGCUCCCCAUAGGCGAGAUGGAGGAGGAAGCGCUGCCCUUCCCAGACUCUGCCUCUGAGAAGCACUCUUGUCCCGGGUCCCUUGGGUCCAGCGACGAUGGGGACUCAGAGGGGCUUCUGGCCUGUGAGGAUCUGGAGCUGAACCCUUUCGAUGGGCUGCCGUACUCAUCGAGUUAUUAUAAACUUCUGAAGGAGAGAGAAGCUCUGCCCAUCUGGACAGAGAAGUACGCCUUCAUGGAGAACCUGCUUCAAAGCCAAGUCGUGAUCGUCUCCGGGGGCGCGAGGUGUGGCAAGAGCUCGCAGGUUCCUCAGUGGUGUGCCGAGUACUGCCUCUCCGUCCACUACCAGCACGGGGGCGUGGUGUGCACCCAGGUGCACCAGCAGACCGCGGUCCAGCUGGCCCUGCGCGUGGCGGACGAGAUGGACGUGAACAUCGGCCAUGAAGUUGGCUACGUGAUCCCUUUUGAGAACUGCUGCUCCAGCGAGACCAUCCUGCGGUAUUGUACUGAUGACAUGUUGCAGAGAGAAAUGAUGUCCAAUCCCUUUCUGAGCAGCUAUGGGGUCGUCAUCCUAGACGACGUACAUGAAAGAAGCAUUGCGACCGACGUGUUGCUCGGACUGCUUAAAGACGUGUUGCUGGCGAGACCGGAGCUGAAGCUCGUAAUUAACGCCUCGCCACCCCUGAUCAGCAGGCUGAGUUCUUACUACGGACACGCGCCCGUCGUGGAAGUGGCCAGUGGGCACCCGGUGGAGGUCGUGUACCACAGCGGGGCUCAGAGGGAGGCUCUGGAGUCUGUUUUACGCCUUAUCUUUGAAAUCCACCGGUCUGGUGAGAAGGGUGACAUUGUGGUCUUUCUGGCCUGUGAACAAGAUAUCGAGAAAGCCUAUGAAAUUGUCUGUCAAGAAGGGUCUAACUUAAACCCAGAUCUUGGCGAGCUGCUGGUGGUUCCCCUGUAUCCGAGAGAGAAAUGCGCACUGUUCAAGCCACACGAUGAAACAGAAGCAAGGGGCCAAGUUCGCCAGAGGAGGGUGGUGCUCACCGCCAGCCCCGGAGAGUCUCUGAUCUGCGGUGGCACCGUGCAGUUCGUGAUCGACGUGGGCGUGGAGAGCAGGAAGGUGUACAACCCUCGAAUCAGGGCGAGCUCCCGGGUCACGCAGCCCAUCAGCCAGAGCCAGGCGGAGACCCGCAAGCAGAUUCUCAGCAUGUCGUCUUCAGGAAAACUGUUCUGCCUGUACUCUGAAGAGUUUGCCUCCAAAGACAUGCAGCCGCUGAAGCCGGCAGAAGUGCAGGAAGCCAACCUGACCCGCAUGGUGCUGUUCAUGAAGAGGAUCGACAUUGCAGGCCUGGGCCACUGCGACCUCAUGAACAGACCAGCCCCGGAAAGUUUGAUGCAGGCUUUGGAGGACUUAGAUUACCUGGCAGCGCUAGACAACGACGGAAACCUGUCCGAAUUUGGAAUCAUCAUGUCGGAGUUUCCUCUCGAUCCCCAACUCUCCAAGUCCAUCUUAGCGUCCUGCGAGUUCGACUGUGUGGACGAGAUGCUCACCAUCGCCGCCAUGGUCACAGCUCCCAGUUGCUUUUUGCACCUGCCACGUGGAGCGGAGGAGGCUGCCCUGAGUUGCUGGAAGACAUUUUUACAUCCCGAAGGUGAUCACUUCACCCUCAUCAACAUUUACAAGGCCUACCAAGACACAACUCUGAAUUCCACCAGCGAGCGCUGUGUGGAGCAGUGGUGCCAGGACCGCUUCCUCAGCUGCGCCGCCCUCAGGAUGGCGGACGUCAUCCGGGCCGAGCUCCUGGAAAUCAUCAGGCGGAUCGAGCUUCCCUACGCGGACCCCGCCUUUGGCUCCAAGGAAAACACCCUGAACCUGAAGAGGGCGCUCCUGUCCGGUUACUUCAUGCAGAUCGCCCGGGAUGUCGACGGGGCAGGGAACUACCUGAUGCUGACGCACAGGCACGUGGCCCAGCUGCACCCCCUGUCCGGGUACUCCGUCUCCCGCAGGCUGCCGGAGUGGGUGCUGUUCCACAAGUUCAGCAUCUCGGACAACAACUACAUCAGGAUCGCCUCUGAAACCUCUCCUGAGCUGUUCAUGCAGCUGGCACCGCAGUACUACUUCAGCAACCUGCCUCCCAGCGAGAGCAAGGACAUCCUACAGCGAGUGACGGGUCACCCGCCACCUGUGUCCACCACGAAACAGGGGCAGCACACGUGUGAGAAGUCCCCCGAGACUCCCGAACAAAGGUGUGCCGUGCAGUGACGCUCAGACUGUCCCGUGUGACACGCCGCCAGCCCAGGUCUGCGUGCCGGGUGGUCCACGACACAACAGGAGGACGGAGGGAGGACGUCAGGGCGUCACACCCCACACAGCAGGCGCCUGAAAAACCAACACUGUGUAUUACUUUGAAAUAAAAAACAGAAGUUUUUAUUGAGUUCCUCAGA